AUGGCUGUCUUUGAUAGACGGAAAGCCUCCACAUCCCCGGACUCAGAUGACUCCCCAACUUCCACCAAAUCCAAAAAAUCUCACGUACUCCUCCGCAUCUUUACCUCCGUCUGCCACCUUCUCGCCCUCGUCUUUCUGAUCUUGGUCUGCAUCGGCAACCUCAAUUCCCGCCCCGUGCUCCGUAGCACCUACUUCCUCAAAAUCGACCUCUCUAACAUUAUUCCUCGCUCCGUUCCUAAUGCCGUCCUUAUCAACUCACUCGCCCGCUCAAUCGGCCUUCAUGACUUCUACCAAGUCGGCCUGUGGAAUUUUUGUGAAGGAUACGACGACGUGGGGAUCACCUAUUGUAGCCCUCACCAGAGGUUUUAUUGGUUCAACCCGGUGGAGAUUCUAGUCGACGAGUUGUUGGCAGGUGCAACGAUUGCGCUACCUGGCGGUGUCACAGAUGCACUGGGCAUUGUCCAAACGGCGAGUCAUUGGAUGUUCGGCUGCUUCUUAGCUGGCACUGUAUUAACAUUCCUUGCCAUCUUCCUUGCUCCACUCGGCUUCAGCAGUAAACCUCGAUGGUCACACCGUGGACGAAGGAUCUUCUUCCGCGAGAUCCCACUCAUGCUCUUCACGCUUGUCACAUUAAUCCUUACUGCUGGCGCCAGCGCGGUGGCUACCGUCAUGUUCACCAUCUUUCGUAAUGUCUUCGAGUCUGCCCCAGAGCUGAAUAUCAGCGCCGAAUUGGGGACACCAAUGCUAGCAUUCAUGUGGAUUGCUUCCGGUUUCAAUCUCCUUGGCUUCUUGUUUCAGACAGGAACAUGUUGUGGUGUUUGUUGCUGUAGUGGCAAGAAGAAGGCGAUUCAAGAAGGUCGGUUAUCAAGCAGCGGCAAGGCUGUAACAGAGAAGCCGAGGAAGGAUACAGCAAGAGAUGGUGCAAUUAGGAGAUUUGGAUGGAAAAAUAGAAGGAUUGGAGCUUGA